CUGCUGUGCGUUCUCCUCUCGAUUGGCCGGAGGACCAUGUGCUACGCCUGCAAGCCGACACUGCCACCGCUCAGCAUGCCCCAGAUCUCCCGCCGGGGCGCACCUACCGAGCCCCAAUACUUCACUUUUGAUCCUCUCCCGGAGGACGAGAAGCUUCCUGCCCACAGGAACUUCUCCAAGAGCAGCAGGCUCAAGAAACGCUCCCGGAAAGUACUUUAUCCUCGAGUGGUCAAGCGUUACUACCCCACUGAGGAACGCAGCUAUGCUAAACAUCUCCUCUUCAUCUUCCUGGCCAUUGUCUUCUUCCAAGUCUAUAAUGCAGAAGAAGAUCUCCUUGCUGGAGCCACACUUGAGGACAGAACAUCUGGCUGCUCUCUGCAAGGCUGGGAAUCUCAGGGCCAACCUGCCCUUUUGGAACAGCUCGUAGCCGCAGAGCAACCCGUUGUAUCGACAUCCUUGUUGGAAAUUGUGAUGGUGGCCAACACGUCUGACUGGCACUGGGAAGAGGACCGGUCAUCUGAGUCUGUGCUGGACAUUACCCACUUUUUACAGCAGAAUCCAGCUGCUUUCUGAAGAGUGACCCCUCCCACCAGAGGGAGAAAUAGACCAAAAGCCUAGUCUGGAAAGUCACAGGGAGGGACUGCCAUUGUCAGGGCAAGACCCUGGCUUUGGAAAUGUCUUUGUAAAGCAGGAGUGAAGGUGCAAAUAGGGGCACGGUGCUUGGACACAGCCAGGGCGUUCCAGCUCGGAGCUUGCUAAGCAAGGCUGACGUCAUAGAAACUUGAACCGAACUGACAUGCAUUAUGAAACAGGAAGGAGACAUUCCUGUUACUGCAAUAGAAGGAGGAGAAGGGUGAUAUUUAAUAUUUAUUAAUAAUAAUAAUAAUAAUAAUAUCUAUGUGUAAUUUUAACUGACUUUUAUUUAUGUGUGAACCUGGGAGAUAGUACGGGAAAUGCUGCUCGUGUGCUGUGUGUCAACUUUCAAAAGAGCCCUUGUAAUGUUUAUCUCUCUCUCUCAAGGCAGAAUUAUGCUACAGUUUGCGGGCCAUAAGUCUCUGAUAGGAAGAAGGUCUGCUUUUGAAAUCAAGAACUGUUUUAUGAUUUAUACUUUGGAGAAGGGGCAAUGUUUUAAUGAAGAUAAAGCUAUGAUUUGCUGAAAUUCUGCAGAUAAUGUUGUGGUGUUGCAAUACGCUUGGUGGGGAAAAAAUUAUGGGACGGGAAAAAAAAAAA